AUGGCCAUGCUGGAAAAGACGCCGCAUGAACUCGCACUGCCCGACCAUGGAGAGUUGUCGACGCAGUUCCGGAACCAUUGGGCCUGCCUUGCCGACAUGGGGUACAUUGGCAUCAGCCAUACGAUCCGUGGGAUCACGCCGAAGCGCCGCCCUGUGUCAGGAAUCUUGGACGCAUCUGACCUUGGACAGAAGAGCUACGAUUCCAUCCAGCGGACAACGUUUGCGUUGACGAAUUUUCAUGUUUCCCUCAUGCCUCUGCGUUAUGAAGACGCGACGUUUUAUGGGCAAGUCUUAGCGCGCGAAGAUACCGGCUGA